GGAGAGAGAGAGAGCAUAACCUCUCCACAUCUCCACAACCACACACACACACACACUCAGUCAGUCAGUCAGUCAGGAUUUGUCCUCGUCUCAGUGUGAUAUAUGUGGCGCCGUGUGAAUUUACUCACUUGAUCUGAGCAGCUCUGAGGGACUUUGGACACUUUUGCGCUUUUACGCACCGCUCUGAACUCCCGCAGGAGGAUUUUACAGAGUCCGCAGCACUCGCUCUUCUGCAUGAAUCUCUUCGACUCCUGCCUGAAGAUGAGCGCCGAGCAGGACAAGAGUCUCUCCGACGCGCCCAGCCCGAGCAUGUCCGAGGACUCCGCGUCCGGAUCGGGCUCGGACAGCGAGAGCAGCCGCCUCACAGACUUCAAGAAGGACGAGGAGGGAGACAAGUUCCCCGUGUGCAUCAGGGACGCGGUGUCCCAGGUGUUGAAGGGCUACGACUGGACCCUGGUGCCCAUGCCUGUGCGAGUGAACGGCUCCAGCAAGAGCAAGCCACACGUCAAGAGACCCAUGAACGCCUUCAUGGUUUGGGCUCAAGCCGCGCGCAGGAAACUGGCGGAUCAGUAUCCACACCUGCACAACGCCGAGCUCAGCAAAACCCUCGGAAAACUCUGGCGGUUACUGAACGAGGGAGAGAAGCGUCCGUUUGUGGAGGAGGCCGAGCGUCUGAGGGUGCAGCACAAGAAAGACCACCCUGACUACAAGUACCAGCCCAGACGGAGAAAAUCGGUGAAGAACGGCCAGAGCGAGAGCGAAGACGGUGAGCAGACCCACAUCUCCCCCAACGCCAUCUUCAAAGCCCUGCAGCAGGCCGACUCUCCCGCAUCCAGCAUGGGCGAAGUGCACUCUCCAGGAGACCACUCAGGUCAGUCCCAGGGUCCCCCCACUCCUCCCACGACCCCCAAAACGGACCUGCCGUCCAGCAAAGCGGAUCUGAAGCGCGAGGGCCGUCCGCUGCAGGAGGGCAUCGAUUUCGGUGCCGUGGACAUCGGCGAGCUGAGCAGCGACGUCAUCUCCAACAUGGAGCCGUUCGACGUCAACGAGUUCGACCAGUACCUGCCUCCUCACGGACACCCGGGGGUCAGCAGUGGCGCGCAGGCGUAUCCCGCCGGGUUCGGCCUCGGCGGUCAGCCCGGGGGCGCCUGGGUGUCCAAACAGCACUCAAUGGCCAGCGGCGAGCAGAGCCAAGGCCAGCAGCGGACGCAGAUCAAGACGGAGCAGCUGAGCCCCAGUCACUACAGCGAGCAGCAGCAGCAGCAGGGCUCACCACAGCACGUGGCCUACGGCUCCUUCAACCUGCAGCACUACAGCAGCGGCGGUGGCGGCUCGUACCCUGCUGUCAGCCGCGCGCACUACGACUACGCCGAGCACCAGAGCCCCGCCGGCUCCUACUACAGCCAGUACCCCGCCUUCAGCUACCAGAGGCCCAUGUACACCCCGAUCGCCGACACGCUGCCACAGGCGCACAGUCCGCAGCACUGGGAGCAGCAGCCCGUCUACACCCAGCUGUCCAGGCCCUGAGGGACUAAACGAACUCAAACUGAGGGAAUGGCUCCCGACUGUGCCUUUUUGAAAAACCGCUCGGAGUUGUGAUUAUAUUUUUCUAGAUAUAAUGAGACAAGAGAAUCCUCUGUGAGGACAGAUUCCAGAUAAUUAUUUUAGUAUGUACUGUGUAUGUGUCAUGUGAGUGUGUUUUUUUUUUUCUCAGUUGUGUCGGGGGAUUCGUACGCAGCUGUCUGAUGAUAUUUUUGUAAAGACUCCUUUGCCUGAUAUUUUCCUCUGUGUAUAUUUGUGGGGGUUUCUUACAACUUGGGCGAAGUGUUGAAUCGUCAGAUGUACAGUCGACUGCUUCUAGAGUCCGUGCCUAAGCGUUGCCAUAUCUCUCGUUUCUGUGAAAACUGCCUCUAGAGUCCGUCUGUGCCUAUAGAGAUCUCGCUGCUGGAGGAGGAACGGGAAGUGCCCUUUGACCUGAGGCUCCUCCGCAGCUCGCCAUUGGUCAGAUCGUCAUUCCUCCAGUCUUAACCUCUUUUAAUUUAUUCAUUAGCGUUCAUUUGACUUGAAAGUAAUACUAUUUGCGUUUUAUCAUUUACUUGGGCUUCGUACGACUAAUUUGUGAUGAAACGUUUCCGGAGACGAUUACGAUUUAGUUGUAGUGCAAACUUUAACCAUCUCGUUUAUUUAUCAUUUGUUAAUGUUUCCAUUUAAAAUGUCUAAAAAUGUUCUUUUGGUAAUCUAGUUGACUUCUAAUUGUGAAACUUGAUCAAGCCUUCAAUAGAAACAACUGGAACUUGUGGUGUUGUUGUUGUUGUUUUUUUCAUUCUCAAACAUGUUGACUUCUGCAGGCUGUUGGCUACAUCUCUACAAAAACACACCAGCAUUUAUUUCUUCUCCCUUGUUUUUUAUGUCAUAAAGAAAAACUGUAAAACAUGCCACCGUCUUAAAAGAAGCUUAUCUUUUGUAUCAUAUUGUUUGCAAUAAAAAGAAAGAUAUUGAAAAUGUC